AGGGUGCUGGUCGAAUGGCCGGCCGCAUCUCCGCGCAUUCUACGAUUCUGACCUGUUCAUCUACCCGUCGACUUGCUUCCCCGCUUGUGUAGGCAAAACUAUCCUGGGGCUCGUCUUUUAUGCGUUUGAGCUUGCAACGCACCGCUGAGUUCAACUCCUCCUACAAGCUCUCGAACCUUGAUCCCCAUGGCCCCACGGACGACGUGAGUAUUGGCCCUCUAGAAUUUAUCGAUCUUAGUUCGCUUGUUCUCUGCUCGAGCCCCGCCGAUAUGCCUCCGCCUGGAAUGAUUGCCUUUAUUGAGAGGGAUCUUCUUACAUCGCUA